GUUUCAAACUUGAAGAAAAAAGUUGAAGGCGGUGAAAGGCUGAACUUGCCCACAUGCACUGUUUUCUCACACAUCACUUUCUCUCUCUAAACCCCUGUUUCUCUCUUUCUCUCCCAUGAUCAGUGGGCCUACUUUACCUUCAACGAGCGGCGCUGUUAGUCUUUUACUUGGUUUCCAAGCUCACCCACCUCUCUCUAAUCUCUCUCUCUCUCUCCCAAUCAAUUUCAAUUCAAACAAAUCCAAACCCCAAAAACCAAAACCCCUUCUUCUUCUCUUCUUCUUCUUCUUCUCGUCUCUUGCACUCAUCAUUCAUUCAGAUAUAUACCUAUAUAUAUAGAUAUAUAGAGAGAAAGAAGAUGAAAGGCGAAUUUGCAGAGGAAAAGGAUCACCCAAACAACAUGUUUGCAAAGCUUCACCAAACCCAGAAAUUCCAACAACCUCUACAUCCUCACCACUUCCAAGUCAUCCGUGAAUGCCAGAACUCCGAAGAAGCCGACAGCCGUAGCCCCGGCGCCACCACCACUCCUUCCGCCGCCAUGAAAGAACCCAACAGCGACGGAGCCACCAUCGAAGUCAUUCGCCGCCCCAGAGGCCGCCCACCCGGCUCCAAAAACAAACCCAAACCUCCCAUCAUCAUCACCCGCGACUCCACCACCGAACCCCCCAUGACUCCCUACGUUCUCGAGCUCCCCCCCGGCGGAGACGUCGUCGCCGCCAUCACCCGCUUCUGCCGCAACCGCAACACGGGCCUCUGCAUCCUCACCGCCUCUGGCGCCGUCGCCAACGUCACUCUCCGGCAACCCACGGCUUCGCCGACGGGAGCUACGGUGACGUUCCACGGCCGCUUCGAUAUACUGUCUCUGUCUGCGACGAUAUUGCCGGCGACGACGUCGUUUUCGAGUGGGUUCACGAUAUCUUUGGCGGGGCCGCAGGGGCAGAUCGUGGGAGGGGCGGUCGUGGGGCCGCUGAUGGCGGCGGCGACGGUGUAUGUGAUCGCGGCGUCGUUUAAUAACCCGGCGUUUCAUCGGUUGCCGGCGGUGGAGGACGAUGUUGAGGGGAUGUCUCCUACGGCGGUUUCGGGCGGCGGAGGUGGUGAUGAUAGCGGGCAUCCAACGGCGGCGGACAUGUCGAUGUAUAGUGGUCAGUUGGCUUCUUCUGAUGUGAUAUGGACACCCACUCCUAGACAACCACCACCACACUACUGAACACGCUCACCAUCUCUGUGUGUCUUUGUUUCAUUCUCAUGCUACUGUGAAGAAGUCUUGGAUUUGUGUUAUUAGGACUUUUGGGUUUAAUUUUCACAUGUUUAAUCUUCAUGAUGAUGAUGAUGUUGGUGUUAGUUUAGUUUAGUUUUGUUUUGUUUAUUUUUUGUGAAGUGGUAAACUGAAAGAGAAAGAGAAUAGUUAUUAGUGUCAGCUUUACUUGGUUCUUUUCUAACGAAUCUUUGUUGAAAUUUUCAUGUUUAAUUAAUUAAUGGGUGGGUGUUUUAGCGUCCAAA